UUCUACUGCAAUUACUACACAUCUCUCACGAUGGCAUCCCUUCGUAUUGGUCAAACUGCUCUUAGAGCAUCUAUGAGAGCUCCAACAUUCGGUGCUAAAUCCGCCGCCUUCAAUGGCUUGCGAUGCUAUUCAUCGAAGACUCAGACUUUGAAGGAGCGUUUCGCCGAGCAACUUCCAGAGAAGAUUGAGCAAAUCAAGGCUCUCCGCAAGGGUUAUGGAAACAAGGUCGUCGGCGAGGUUACUUUGGACCAAGUCUACGGUGGUGCUCGUGGUAUCAAGUCAUUAGUCUGGGAAGGUUCAGUCCUCGACUCUGAGGAGGGUAUCCGUUUCAGAGGAAAGACUAUCCCCGAGUGCCAGGAACUCCUCCCAAAGGCACCAGGUGGACAAGAGCCUUUACCAGAAGGUCUUUUCUGGCUCCUUUUGACCGGUGAAGUUCCAAGCGAGCAACAAGUUCGCGAUCUCUCUGCCGAGUGGGCCGCUCGUUCCGACGUACCAAAGUUCGUCGAAGAGCUCAUCGACCGAUGCCCAAGCGAUCUCCACCCAAUGGCACAAUUUUCCCUCGCUGUCACUGCUCUCGAGCACGAGUCCGCAUUCGCCAAGGCUUAUGCUAAGGGAAUGAAGAAGGCCGAUUACUGGGGUCACACUUUCGAGGAUUCCAUGGAUUUGAUUGCCAAGCUCCCAACUAUCGCCGCUAGAAUCUACCAAAACGUCUUCAAGGGCGGUAAGGUCGCUGCUGUCCAAAAAGACAAGGAUUACUCCUUCAACUUUGCCAACCAACUCGGAUUUGGCGAGAACAAGGACUUCGUUGAAUUGAUGAGAUUGUACCUCACCAUCCACACUGAUCACGAGGGUGGUAACGUUUCUGCUCACACCACUCACUUGGUUGGAUCUGCUCUCAGUUCCCCAAUGUUGUCCCUCGCUGCUGGUUUGAACGGUCUUGCUGGUCCUCUUCACGGUCUCGCCAACCAAGAAGUCUUGAACUGGCUCACAAAGAUGAAGGCUGCUGUUGGUAAUGAUCUCAGUGAUGAGGCCAUCAAGAACUACCUGUGGUCUACUCUUAACGCCGGUCAAGUCGUUCCAGGUUACGGUCACGCCGUUCUCCGCAAGACUGAUCCCCGUUACAUGGCUCAGAGAGAAUUUGCCGAGAAGCAUUUGCCAUCGGAUCCUAUGUACCAGCUUGUUAGCCAAGUUUAUAAGAUUGCUCCAGGUGUUCUCACCGAGCAUGGAAAGACCAAAAACCCAUGGCCCAACGUGGAUGCGCACUCUGGUGUCUUGCUCCAAUACUAUGGUUUGACUGAGGCCAACUACUACACCGUUCUCUUCGGUGUUUCCCGUGCUAUUGGUGUCCUCCCACAAUUGAUCAUUGACAGAGCCGUCGGUGCCCCAAUUGAGCGCCCCAAGUCCUUCUCCACCGAGAAGUGGGCCGAGAUUGUUGGAGCCAAGUUGUAA